ACAGCAACGUCCAGAGAAGCAGUCCCUGAGUGCGUCUAUGUGUCGGGAUUCUCACUGGAAAUGUCUUCUUCUCUCCAUCCUCAUGCUUGUAUGCCUUUGUGCUGUAACUUGGUGCCAGGUUACAAGUGUGACCAAGCUCAGCUUCGACAGUUCUCUUAAGGGAAGAUCCAUGAUCUACCAUGGCAGCCCUUGCUCUGAUGGUUAUGUCUACAUUCCGCUGGCCUUUUUAGCAAUGCUGUACGUGGUUUACUUGGUAGAAUGCUGGCAUUGCCAUGCCAAGAGUGAACUCCAACAUAAGGCUGAUGUUACUAGUGUUUAUGAUCAGAUACAGCGUAUGCGCCAAGCUACACCUUGCAUCUGGUGGAAGGCCAUUAGCUACCACUUUGUCCGUCGCACUAGACAAGUCACUCGCUACCGUCAUGGUGAUGCCUAUACUACUACUCAGGUCUACCAUGAACGAGUGAACACUCAUGUGGCUGAAGCAGAAUUUGAAUACUCUCAUUGUGGCAUAAAAGAUAUUUCCAAAGACCUAUUGGACCUAGACCGCCACCCUGCCACCAAACUAAAGUUCACCAAGUGCUUCAGUUUUGCUAAUCUGGAGUCAGAGAACUCGUAUCUCACCCAGCGUGCCCGUUUCUUCACAGAGAUUGAAGGACUAGAUGACUAUAUGGAGGCAAGGGAAGGAAUGCAGCUAAAAAAUGUGGACUUUAAGGAAUUAGUUAUUGCUUAUGUGAACCUAGAGCAGCUGCCGUGGUAUGUUUCCCACUAUGCUUUCUGGGCAGCUGCCUUACUCAUGCUCUCAUGGCCCCUAAGGGUUUUUAUUGAGUAUCGAACUGCUCAUGUUCAUUAUCAUAUCGAGAAACUCCUAGGGUUGGAAUACAGGGCACCUGGGGUGGCAGAGGAGCCUAUAUACCGAUUCAGAAUGCCACGGGUCAGCACCUUUGACAGUACUGAACUGGAAUGGCAUAUAUGCACCAAUCGGCAGCUGAUUCCAAGCUACUCUGAGGCAGUGCUGAUGGAUUUAACAGAUUCCUCACUAUGCAAUGGAUAUUCUGCCUGUGGGUACAGUGGUGUCCUGAGAGGCUGUGAAGGCUGCAACAGAGCAUCCAGCAGCUCUUCUAUCUUCUCUCGCCAUGCUAUGCACAGCUGCAGCGGGGGGCCAUCACACCUCUCCCUCAGCACCAGCCGUUUCUCCCUAUGUCAGCUGCAUGGAUCCCACAGGACAGGCCUCUGGAGGAGUCGUAGCAGCAGCCUUGCAGAUCGUGUAUGCCCAGAUGAACGAUGUUGCUCCUACUCUAGCCAGCUAGCCAUUAAUGAAAACCCUCCUACAUAUCACGAUGCCCGUUUCUUCCCUGUGCUUAUAGUGCACCGUCAGGAAGGAUGCCGGACCAGGAACUUCUGCAUACACCGCUCAUCGUGCAUGGAGACCUCCUUGUAA